UGUGAUGAGGACAUUAUUUAAGGCGGCUGCAAGGCCGGCAGGCAGCUGCGAGCUGGGCGGUGCGGUGCCACGCUCACAGCCGGACGGACCCCCCGGGCCCCCCCAUACACGCGUCUGGUUGUGUCACCCCCCCCGCACCCCCUCGCCAUGGUCGACGCCUUUGUGGGCACCUGGAAGCUGGUGGAUACGACCAAUUUCGAUGAGUACAUGAAGGCACUGGGCGUGGGCUUCGCCACCCGGCAGAUGGCCGGUCUCACCAAACCCACCACCAUCAUCGAGGUGGAGGGCGACAAGAUCACGGUGAAGACCCAAAGCACCUUCAAGAGCACGGAGAUCAGCUUCAAGCUGGGCGAGGAGUUUGACGAGACCACGGCAGACGACAGGCACGUCAAGUCCGUGGUCACGCUGGAUGGAGGCAAACUUGUCCAUGUGCAGAAGUGGGAGGGGAAGGAGACAUCGCUGGUCCGGGAGCUGAAGGAUGGGAAAUUAAUUCUGACUCUCACCAUGGGCAACGUCGUCUCCACCCGCACCUACGAGAAGGCGACAUAGACGCCGUCGCCAGCCCCCCGCCCAUCACCCAGUGCUGCGUUCGCCCCCCACGUCGCCUCUGUCCUCGCCCCGCGCCGGGCACGGCUCGCUGGGUCCUCGGAGCCCGCUGCCCCCGCUGGGGCCGCCUGCAGCCCCCGUCCCCUCCUGGGGCUCCUUGGGGCUGGGGUGGCAGUUUCAUGGUUUGUUUGGGGUUUGUUUUUUUAUGAAUAAUGGGAAAAUCCACAUGGAAAAAAAAUAAAGGCCAUGUUGUUACA